CUAAAAUUUCAUCUUUUAAUAUUAUUUCAUUAUUAAAUAUUAUGUAUCUGUAUUAUUAUUCUUUAUUAGUUUUCAUGAUCACUGUAUUAUCCUUUUGGAGUUUCAAAAAGCAUGAGUUAAAAGCAUGAGGAACAUAUGUCAGGGGAAAGCUAUAUAUUGCUCAGAGAGGUAUGUGUGCCAUGUAACAUGUUCACUCAGCAUAAAUGUUUCCACUGAUGCAAGUGUACCACAGAUGUACACAACAAGGAAAGUAGCGCACGUAUGACAUUUACGUUCUAAGUUGAGAGGCUCAGAGCAACAUGUUUGUUACCUUACAAGGAAGCUGUAAGACUGUGUGAUGUAUAAAAACUCAAUGUCACAUUGUACCACCUCAGAGAAACGCAUAGACCAGGCAUGAACACAACAUCUUGAAGUUUCUCUCCUGACAUAUAUAUAUAAUAUAUAAUAAAACUUUCUUGGCAAGAUAACUGGUGUCCGGUCCCGUAAAUUGAAUAAUAACGGGGAAACACAAGAGGCUUUAAUUCCAAGUCUACAUUUGGCGUCACGAGGAACAGGAUAGCAUUCAGACAUUUGUCUCAAUCAUUCAAGGAAUCAAUUCCAUUGACAUUGAUUAGAGAUGGUUGCAAGUUAUUCUCGAUACCCAACGAUGAUGGUAUGCUUAUUUUUAACUUUACUUGGCAUUUGUCAAGAAAGCCACGCUUUAUGGACUCCUCGAGUUCAAGAGAUCACUCGGAGUGCAACUCUGAAAUCUGGUCAACAUUUUACCCUACCCUUUAUUUCCAGAUGGGGAUUAUGGGAUUGGGUGCCACGUAAUGACACAGACCUUGCUAAAUAUCGUAAGGGCAUCUAUGGAGGAUGUAACUUUUACCACCAAUGUUACAAAAGCAGAGUAAUUUGGCCGGUAAAAGACGGGGGGUAUACUGGUAGUGCUCAAAGACGAGAAAUUUGUGCAAGAGAACGAUGUGAAGUUAUAGGGUUAAACCUCAUAACAUCUACUAAUGUGGAAAUUAAUUUAGUUCUGAAUCGUACCCACAUGCUUACAAUAUGGGAUUCAUUGGCCCAAGGGUGUAUUUAUCCCAUAGGGUUGCCAUGCGAAGGGUUUCUGAGGGAUCCUUCCUCAAAAACAACAAGAUUUAAGGGAAAUUAUGUACGAGUAUGGCAUUCAGAAGAUGAGAGUGAAUAUUGUGAGACUGAACUAGAAACUGGCGAAAUCGGAAGGUGUUUUUAUCUUUCUGCGGAGAAGACAAACAAAGCAAAAACAUGCCCAAAUACAACCAUUGCACCAGCUCAUGGUAUUUUGUUAGCAAAAGAAACCAAAACCUUGAUAAAUGAAGCCCAUAUGGUGCAACAACGAAUUAAUUAUAACUUGAAUUCUCUUCUUACCGUUUUUGAUCAGUCUUAUUGUGGUAAUUUUACACAAAUAAGAAGUUGGUUGGGAAAAGAAGUUAAAUAUUACACCUCUAAAAAUCCUCUGAGUAGAAAAAAUCGUAAAACUCGAAGUAUAUGGGGAGAUAUUGCGGGGGUAUUUGGUUCUGUCAAUUCAAUCAGUAAUACUGCUCAAAUGAAUCAGUUAAGUAAAUACACUCAGUGGGUGGGAACAAUGAGUGGGAAAGGACUCACUGAGGCUCUUCAGGGUUCUCUGCAUAUUAUUGCAGCGGGUCAGCAUCUUAAUGAUGCUGCAAAGGAAUUGGCAGAUGCAUUAAUAAAAUCGUCUGAUUUUGAGACGCAUCGUGCGGCGUGUUUAUUUUUAGCUCAGAAUUUAAAGGAUCAAAUGGUAGAAGAUAUUCAAGUUAUUCGAAUGGGACAAGUUCCUGAGCGAAUAGCAGAAUCAUUGUUAGUGGUUUUCAGGAAUCAACUUAAUUUGACUUCUGCUAAACAUAUUCCAUUAGUUAAAAUCGCUAUUAAUGAAAAUUCAUUGUCAGGUUCUGGAAUGUUACCUUUGAUUAUGAUAUGGCCUCAAUAUGGGAAGCGUAAUAUUAUGACAGUCAGGAAAUUCCAAUCAAUGGGUGUUAGGCAAGGUAAUUCAGUAAUUAGAUUAGGAAGAAAUGGAUAUUGGGCUGAAGGUGAUACACCAAUGAUUUCUACCACAGACUGUUGUGUCGAGGAACAUGAGUGGGUAAUUUGCUCAUGCUCUACAAUGUUUAGUCUAUCUCUUAAUGGUUCUGCUGUUUGGGAUGUAGUUCCUUUGAGUCAGGCCACAGGUGCAUGGCAACUUUCAGAAGCACAGUGGUGUAUAUUACAUGAUGGAACAAGUGAAAAUAUGAUAUACGGGGGAAAGUUGUGUCCAAUCCCUCCUGAUCCAUUUUGUCUUGAAAUUCUCUAUCCUCUUCAUUUGGGUGGAAUUCAUGUUCCACAUGUGCAAUUGUUACAGGUAGAACCACAAUGGUGGAAUAAUGACUUAGUAGAAGAACGGAAUUAUGAACUCUUUGAGAUGGUUAAAAUAGUUAGAAAGAGUGUAAAAGCAGCUCAAGACGAGGGAAUUCAAGCAAUGGGUCAUGUUAUAGUAGCAAAUGGAAUAGCUAAAUUGAUGUCUGAAAAGAAACUAACACGAAUCCUAGGGAAUUUAUCGUGGUCAGAUUGGAUAGUUUUGAUCAUGGUAGGAGUUCUUGCAGUCAUGUUCAUGAUUCAAAUUAUGAUAUGUGUUACUAGAAAAAGAAAUACCAAAUCUGUCAAACUGAUUAUUUCUAACCAAUUGGAUAAAACCAAGGAUGGAGUAUACAGCGUGAAAUAGGGAAAUGUAUGCAUUAUUCCUUACAAAGCAUUACCUCACAAACAAUGAACACCCGCUUACUGAUUCUCAACCCCAAGGGAUAGGACCCUUUUACAUCAACGUUUAUUUUAAUUUCUUAUUUUGGCUCGGAACUGGGGGAUUUAAUUAGUUAACGAGUUAAUUAAUUAAUGAGUCCAGGCACGAGCAGAAGACUUAUUAGUUUUUUCUUUUCUUAGAUGAUUGGGGUUCAUUUUAAAUACAUACACAUAGAUAUUAAAACACACACAGUAUACGGGGACAUAACACGGGUUGGGGUUUUUGUUCUUUUGUUCUUCUUGUUCUUUGUUUUGUUUUUCCUUUUCUAUUCUUCUGUUCGUUCUGUCUAUUUUCUUGGUCUGCUACUUCUUCUCCUCACUAUCACUUCUAUAGGUUGGCCACCUGGGAAUGAUGGUGUGGAACUUACGGCCGUAGUUCCAGUGGAGGGAGAUGAAGACUAAAAUUUCAUCUUUUAAUAUUAUUUCAUUAUUAAAUAUUAUGUAUCUGUAUUAUUAUUCUUUAUUAGUUUUCAUGAUCACUGUAUUAUCCUU